CACACACACACUGCCAACAUGGUCACACUCGGCACCACGCUGUUGCCGCUGCUCGAUGCGCUGCCGUCGCCGGCGCUGCUCGGCGUCGUGAGCCGCGCGGCGCCGCUGCUCGUGCCGCUGCACCUGCUGCCCGACGUGCUGCCGCUGCUGCCGCCCACGCUGCCCUACAUCGUCCACGUCACCGCCAUCAACACGCCGGCGCCCGAUGCGCUGGCGGACCUGCUCGACGCCGGCGCAGAGGCGCUGCUCCUCGACGCCGACACGCCGCCGGCCCUGGCGCUGCUCGGCGGCAACCCGCCCGCGUCGCUGCCGGCCGCACGCAUCCUGCUCCACCUGCCCGCCGACUCGCCGGCUGCCGCCGAGCCGGGCGCGCUGCAGGGCCUCGCCGGUCUCGUCGUGGCGCUGCCCGCAGACUCGGCUGCUGGCAGCGAGGCGGCCACUGCCAUUGCCGAGCGCUUCGGCGCUGCCCUCGGUGCCGCCCAGUCGGGCAAGCCCGUGUACCUGGCGCCCAGCGGCACGCUCUCGCCCGGCGCACCUGCCGCCGUCGCCUCGCUGGAGGACGUGGCCAGCGCUGCCAAGGCUGGCGCCUCCGUCGUGGCCCGCACCUCGGCGCUGGCGCUGCUGUCCGAGGGCCAGGAGGCCCCGGCGGGCUCGCUCGACUUCAUCGGCGCGCUCCUGGCACCGCUGAACUCGGACCGCGCCGACGGCCACUUCCCCACGACGGUCGUCUCUGCCUCGCUCUCGACGUCUUUGGGCCUCGUGUACUCGUCGUGCGCCUCGAUCCGCGAGUCGCUUCUCACCGGCGCAGCCGUGUACCAGUCGCGCAAGCGCGGCCUGUGGCGCAAGGGCGAGACCAGCGGCGCGACGCAGGAGGUGGUGCGUGUGCGCUUCGACUGCGACGCCGAUGCCGUCGAGUUCCGCGUGCGGCAGCGUGCCGGCGCACAGCACGCCGGCUUCUGCCACCUGACGCAGCGUGACGGCUGCUUCGGCCCACAGGCUGGCCUGGCGGCGCUCGAGAGCACGCUGCUGGCGCGCAAGGCUGCCGCUCCGCCGGGCUCCUACACGGCGCGUCUCUUCUCCGACCCGGCGCUCCUCGGCGCCAAGCUGCGCGAGGAGGCCGCCGAGCUGGCCGAGGCCAAGGACGAGGACCCGCAGCACGUCGCCUUUGAGGCCGCCGACCUGCUCUACUUUGCCCUUGCGCGCUGCAUCCGCGCCGGUGUCGGCCUCGAGCAGGUCGAGGCCAGCCUGGACCGCAAGGCCAAGAAGGUCAUCCGCCGCACGGGCGACGCCAAGCCGCAGUUCGCUGCUGAGCAGGCCAAGUCCUCUGCGCCCAAUGGUGCCGCUGCCGCCUCGGCGCCUGCCAAGAAGGCCGAGGUCGACCCGAACGCGCCCAUCAAGAUCCAGUCCUACAAGCUCGCCGACAUUUCUGCGUCUGAGCGCGUCGCGCUGCUGAAGCGGCCUGCGCUCAAGUCUGCGGCGAUCCAGGAGCUCGUGCGCCCGAUUCUCGCUGCCGUCAAGGAGCGCGGCGACGCAGCGCUGCUUGAGCUGACGGAGAAGUUCGACAAGGCCAAGCUGAGCACGCCGAUGGUGCAGCCGCCGUUUGCCACCGAGGCAGUGAUGAAGCGCAUCAAGCCCGAGGUGAAGCGGGCCAUGGACCAGGCCUAUGCCAACAUCCACGCCUUCCACCUGGCGCAGAAGCGCACCGGCGGCAACGCCAAGGCCGCAGACGUGGGCUCCGGCGGCGUCGUGGCUGAGACGGGCGAGGAGGAGGAGGACGCGGUGCUGGAGGUCGAGACGAUGCCGGGCGUCGUGUGCCGGCGCUUCGCACGGCCCAUCGAGCGGGUCGGCCUCUACGUGCCCGGCGGCACUGCAGUGCUUCCUUCGACUGCACUGAUGCUCGGUGUGCCGGCUCAGGUGGCCAAGUGCCCCGUGCGCAUCAUCGCCACACCACCACGGCCCGACGGCUCCAUUGCUCCCGAGGUGCUCUACGCCGCUCACCUCGUCGGCGCCACUGCCAUUCUCGCCGCCGGCGGUGCGCAGGCCGUCGGUGCUCUCGCGUACGGCACCGACGCCGUGCCCAAGGUCGACAAGAUCUGCGGCCCCGGCAAUCAGUUCGUCACCGCCGCCAAGCUGCUCGUGCAGAACGACAUGGACGCAUGCGUCAGCAUCGACAUGCCCGCCGGCCCCUCCGAGGUGCUCGUCAUCGCCGACGCCACGUCGAACCCGGACUUUGUCGCCUCCGACCUGCUCUCGCAGGCCGAGCACGGGCCCGACUCGCAAGUCGUGCUGGUGGCCAUCGAUCUCACCGAUGCACAGCUCGACGCCAUCGAGACGGCCAUUGACCGGCAAGCCAAGGCGCUGCCUCGCUGUGCCUACGUGCGCCAGGCGAUCGAGAAGAGCGUCACGAUCCGCGUGCCGAACCGCGAGGAGGCGAUGCGCUGGAGCAACGACUACGCGCCGGAGCACCUCAUCAUCCAGACGGACCGGCCCGAGGAGCUGGCCAAGGCGACCAUCAACGCCGGCAGCAUCUUCGUCGGCCAGUGGAGCCCAGAGAGCUGCGGCGACUACGCCUCGGGCACGAACCACUCGCUGCCCACCAACGCCUUUGCCCGGCAAUACUCUGGCGUCAACACCGACACAUUCGUCAAGCGCAUCACCAGCCAGAGCCUGACGGCCGAUGGCCUGCGCGCAUUGGGCCCGCACGUCGUGCACCUGGCCGAGUGCGAGGAUCUCGAGGCCCACGCCAACGCCGUCCGGCUGCGGCUCAAGGCCCUGGAGAAGCAGUAGACCAAAAAGGAAAGGCGACUGUAAUAGAGCUUGUUGGCCUUCAGCGAGAGUGAUCGGCUGCGCUGCCGCGGCCGCCCGACACAGCACAGAGGGGAGCUCGAGCCACUCCUUGUAGCCGGCCUGGCGGCGCGUGCCCGUGGCGACGUUGCGGUCGAUCUUGUAGCCGCGCUUGGCGAAGAGCUGCUCCUCGCGCGACGUCGAGUUCGGCGCCUGG